CACUGAUCAGCUCUAACUCUGUGGUGCUGCGGCCGGAGUAGAGCCUGACAGCUAAUAAAACAGCCGAACAGCAUGAGUUGUUCAAUCUGGUUGUAUAAACCUUGUUGUAGUUAUAGAUUAUCUAAAUAGGGUAUUAGGUUUGAUAAUUAGACUGAAGCGAGUAGACUGGCAAACUGAUAAAUAAAACAUGACUGCUAACGAAGAGCAGGAGAUGGAGUUGGAAGCUCUGAGGUCAAUUUAUGAAGGGGAUGAUUGCUUCAAAGAGCUGAGUCCCAUCUCCUUCCAGUUCAGGAUCGGAGACCUUAACGAGUCAAAAUCAUUCCUGCUGGAUGUCUCAUGGCCAGAGACGUAUCCUGAAACCGCACCUCUUAUAUCCUUAGAUGCCUUUUUCAACAACAGAAUCUCCCCAGAGACCAAGCAGGUAAUAAUCUCCAAGAUGCACGAGCAGGUGGAGGCGAACCUGGGCGGUGCCAUGAUGUACACUCUGUUUGAGUGGGCCAAAGAGAACCAGGAGAUGCUGAUGGAGAAUCACCAGCCUGUAGUGUCUGCUGUGACCCUGACUUCUAACAGCGAUGUAAACAGUCCCGUCUCCGUCCCUAAGAAAAAGGAGAAGAAAGAACAGCUCACAAAGGCACAGAAAAGGAAAAUGAUAGGAAGAACCGAUAACAAAGGUGAACUGCCCAGAGGUUGGAACUGGGUUGAUGUUAUCAAGCAUGUGAGUAUGCUUUAAAAAUUUUUUUUGGUAACAAAUAUGUACUGUUGCUCUCAUUUCUUCAUGCAUUCACACCUCCAUUAACCGUCCCACAUUCUUAAUGACUAAUCUCUGUGACAGCUGAGCAAAACAGGAGGAAAAGAGGACGGCUAAAGAAACGGCUCUUGAACAUCACAUAUUGAAGGAGAGCCUGAUGGACUGAUGGAGAAAGAAAGUCUACCGGGACUUGUUUUUAAAGAAAGUUGAAAUGAACCAUGAUUUGGAUGAACUGGUGAAGCCGUUGUUUGUUUGUGAUGCGGAGGCACAUGAGACGAGCAUAAAAUAUCCUCUGCCAAAAUAAUACCUCCAGACUAGAUUCACAGAAGUGACCGCAACAACGAGCACAUGCUGUGUAAACAAGAACGCAGUGAAGUGUUUCAGUGUGUACUGAGGGCAGACUCGCCUCCUGCGUCUUCACUACCCCAGGUUACAGGUCAACUAAGCAACCGAUUGAUUAGUAUUAAACACUCUGUGUGGACAAAAUGGCAACAUUGACAGUUUAUAGAGCUUUGUGGUUUGAGCAGGUGAACCUGAGUUUGUAUUUGUACCAGUUUUUAGCCUGUUUUUUCUCCUUUCUGUAAUUUAUUGUGCAUAUUUUUUGACACAAUAUAACAAUCUUAUGGAAGGUUUAAUACGUGUCUGUACUUAUUUUAUAUGAACAGCAAAGAGAUUGACAUCUUGUGUGUUUUAUUAAAAUGCAAGUAAUUAUGUUUUGA